GUCAUCAACAGAAAGUCUCGGAGUUGUAAUCGCGAGGUCUAGGAGGCCGUGGGAUUUGGCCCUCAGAAAGGUUCAGCCCGUGGGUUAUAAAAGGAUCUGCUGAAUAUGAGUGAUGACAAACCCUUUCUAUGCACUGCUCCAGGCUGUGGACAGCGUUUUACUAAUGAAGACCAUUUGGCUGUCCACAAGCACAAACAUGAGAUGACACUAAAGUUUGGUCCCGCACGUAACGACAGUGUCGUUGUAGCUGACCAAACUCCAACACCAACCCGUUUCUUGAAGAACUGUGAAGAAGUGGGGUUGUUUAAUGAACUUACAAGCCCUUUCGAACAUGACUUCAAAAAGAUUGCAGAAGAGGACAUUAAAAAGAUGCCCUUAGAUUUAUCUCCGCUUGCAACACCAAUUGUACGAAAUAAAACCGGAGAGCCUUCAGCAGUAGAAAAAACACAUCAUGACAGCCCACUGCCUCAUCCAGAAUCCACUACAAGUGAUGACAAGGAAGUUUCAUUGCAGCAGAUUGCACAUCCUACAUCUACUAUAGUUCGUCCAGCAUCACUCCAAGUCCCCAGUGUACUCCUUUCAAGCUCAGAUGCUAAUGUUGUAAUACAGCAAGCACUACCAUCUCCAACAUCUAGCACUGUCAUUGCACAAGUUCCAUCUGCAAAUAGGCCAAUAGUCCCAAUUUCUGGCUCUUUCCCUGUCCUUUUACAACUCCCUAAUGGCCAGACAAUGCCAGUUGCUAUUCCUGCCACAAUAGCAAACACCAGUGUGCACAUGCCUACUACAAUACCACUUGUCACCGUUGUGCCUAAUGUUCCAGGAAUUCCAGGACCCUCCUCCUCCCCACAACCUGUGCAGUCAGAGGCUAAAUUGAGAUUAAAGGCUGCUUUAACCCAGCAGCAGCAUCUUCAGAUAACUAAUGGAGAGACCCAACCGGAGGAAGCAUGUCUCCAGUCACUACAGCAGCCGGCAACAUCAACUACGGAGACACCAGUAUCUCCAGCAAAGCCUCCCCAGCACACCCAGAGCACUGGCGGGAGGCGGAGGAGAGGGAUGAGCGAUGACCCUGAUGAGAAGAGGCGAAAGUUUUUGGAGCGGAACCGAGCUGCUGCAACAAGAUGCAGACAGAAAAGAAAAGUUUGGGUUCAGUCUCUAGAAAAAAAGGCCGAAGAUAUGAGUUCAGUAAAUGGGCAGCUACAGAAUGAAGUCACCCUGCUGAGAAAUGAAGUGGCUCAGCUGAAACAGCUUCUUCUGGCUCAUAAAGAUUGCCCCGUAACCGCCAUGCAGAAGAAAUCUGGCUAUCACAAUGCUGAUAAAGAUGAUAGUUCAGAAGACAUCUCUGUGCCAAGUAGCCCUCAAAAAGAGGCAAUCCAACACAGUUCUGUCAGUACUUCCAAUGGAGUCAGUUCUACUUCACUGGCCGCCACAGUCCUCACUCAAAUGGCAGACCAGAGUACAGAGCCAAUGAAAACACUAAUAGUCGCGGCUCCACCCUCCCAGUCUCAGCCCUCAGGAAGUUGAUUGGAUGGAGCUUGAAGUCAUGUUUUCACAUCUAACUGUAAAAAGGGAAAUGGGAACUUCCAUCCUUCACCAUUUAGGAGAAAGCUUUUUUUUCUUUGUUAUGUUUCCUGAAUUCAAAGCAGCAAACAUAACUUAAUUGGAGCAAAUGGAGAUGCUUGAGAGCAAAUGCCAGUUUCUUUGCAAAAUUCAACUGAAUGUCUUUUUCUCAUCAAUUUUAAUGUUUGCCACAUAUUUGUAAAGAAAACAGAAAUCUGUGGUUAUUUACAUUUGUCACUGCUGAAAAUUUUUAGAAAUAUAAAUUUAGGAUUAACAGAACUGCAUAAUUGAUGUGACAUUCCUACCAAACUGUUCCAGGGCUCAUGUUUGCUUUAUGUAAUUACAAUAACACUGCUAGUCUACAGUAUGAAAGAUAACUCCACAAAGUACUUAGACCACAGUUUCAGUAAAGAAAAGCGAACACCAUGCCAAACAGAAGAUCAGCAAACUAAUCUUGUGUUAAUAUACAUAUACUUUCCUGUAUGUAUGCCCAUUUGUAUUUAUUUAUUGGAAUGAGACACUAAACCAAUUUAAUGUAUAUUCUAUUUGUAAAGUUUUAUUGUAGAGUUAUGAUUUAUAAAGCUUAUCUGAGAGAAAAAGACAUGAGAUUUAGUAGUAACUAUGUUUAAUUCCUUUGCAUUUUCCAAUUUUACAUAUGCAGGUGAAGAGUUUUCAUUUUUUUUAUUUGUGUUUGUCUAUCACUUGUAAAUGUGGUCAGCUUUUAGUACUGCAUUUUAAUACCUGUCUUGUUACACUGUAUAAGGACUUGGGCUGAAAAAACAGCUCAUGUUUUGUAAGUAUGAGUGGUUUGGUUGCUUGUAGCUGUAACUCUGUUUUGGUUGAAUGUUCGAAGUUGUCUCAACCUGUAAUAGUCUUAAAGAGGAACUCUGGUUUAAAUAAUGUAUGUUUAAGAGUGAGUUUUGACUAGCAUUCCAUGUGCAGUUUGAUGUUAAAGAUUAGGUGAUUUGUAGGUAUAUGUUUUUUCUCAUUAUCCAAACAUCUGUAGAUGUUGAGUUUACUAAGUGUGCCAUGAAUGUUUCUUAUUAAAUUGAUAUUCACAGACUUUUCUUUGUAAUAGAAAAAUUAGAAAUGAAAAGUAUGUGCCCCAGUCGUGCGCUUUUACCUUGUAUAAAAUUACUGAAGUUAUGUUUUGUAAUUUUUUUUUUUUAUUUUUUUUUUCAUUUGUAGACAUUGCUUCAGCUGGUAUUAAAAUAACUAUCUGGGUUAGUAGUGUUGACAGAUUGCACUGUUAAAGCAAGUUCUCGAUGUUGCUUCGUUUGAACUAUCUCAUUCAAAGUGGUGUAAAAAUUGUGUUAAUGACAUAAUGAAGGGCACACUGUAUGUAAACAUUCCAGAGAAGAUGCACGUUUUCUUUUAAUGUAUUCCUUUAGAUGCGGUGGUAGAGGCCCAGUUAUUGUGCUUAGUGACUUUUGUUACCAGAGGAUUGAUCUUAAAAGUCCAGAUCAUUUUUUAUGAUAGUUAAUAUAAAAUGUUUAAAAAAAACACACACACACAUUAAAAGGACAAUGUUACAGGGUUUGAUAAAUAUGAUUAGAAAAACUGCAUAAUCAAUAUAAUAUAUUUGCCUUUCAGCUUUACAAUCAAUUAUAAUUUUACUACUGUGUAGUUUUGUAAGCCAUGCUGCAUUUCUUCUAAGCCCUUAUAUUGAAAAGUACAUGUAUUAACAGGUAAUUUGUACUGUCACUUUUGUGUGCUAUUUGCAUGAAUAAAUUCUCUAAGAGAAUUAAACCUAUUAUUAAACCGAAGUCUCAGUUAGGUCCGUAUCAUUUAUCAUGUUGACCCACCUUGAGUAAUAACCAGGUUCAUCACUGGUCUUAUACAUGCUUAAAUUUGGUAUUUUAAAAACAGGGUUUGAUGUUAAUGGCAAGUGUAGUGAAAUUGCUGUAUAAAAUACCAUUAAUGUAUUUAAAAUGUUGUAAUAAAAAAAUAAAAAAACUUUUCAUAUAUGUUCAAAAAA